AUAUUUUUAAAUUUAUAUUCAAUACUGCUGAAUGUAGAAGAUCAGUAUAGAAUUAGCUAAUGUCUUCGUUUUGCUUUUUAUUGGUGCUUAUGUAUGUAGUAUAGAUGAACAAUAUAUAGAUUUAUAGAAUAUAAAUUUUUGUUUUUGGCUUUUAUUAACUCUUAUGCACAUUUUGCAGAACCAAUGGAGGCUAAGGAGUUCAAGGAUUUCGCCAAGGCGAUGACUGAUUACAUCGUCGAGUAUUUAGAAAAUAUACGUGAUAGGCAAGUGGUGCCAUCUGUAAAACCAGGUUACCUUCGACCAUUGAUUCCUGAUCAAGCACCAGAGAAGCCGGAACCGUGGACCGCUGUGAUGGAUGACAUCGAACGGGUUGUGAUGUCUGGGGUAACCCACUGGCAAUCGCCGCGAUUCCACGCCUACUUCCCCACGGCUAACUCAUAUCCCGCCAUCGUGGCUGAUAUGCUCAGCGGUGCUAUAGCCUGUAUUGGAUUUACUUGGAUUGCCAGUCCUGCAUGCACGGAAUUAGAAGUCGUUAUGUUGGAUUGGCUCGGCCAAAUGAUUGGACUUCCAGAUGAAUUUUUAGCUCGCUCUGGUGGAGAAGCUGGUGGUGUAAUCCAAGGCACAGCCAGUGAAGCUACCUUAGUAGCUCUUCUUGGAGCAAAAGCUCGCGUUAUGCAAAGAGUAAAAGAGCAACACCCUGAGUGGACUGAAUUUGAAAUUCUAUCCAAACUUGUUGGAUAUUGUAACAAACAAGCCCAUUCAUCAGUGGAGCGGGCCGGUCUCCUCGGUGGCGUUAAGCUUCGUACGCUGAAGCCGGAUAAUAAAAGACGUCUAAGAGGUGAUACAUUAAAAGAGGCUAUUGAUGAAGAUAAACGUAAUGGACUUAUACCAUUCUACGUUGUGGCUACACUUGGCACCACAUCGUCUUGUACUUUCGAUUGCCUGGAUGAAAUAGGUGACGUGUGCAAAGAAAAUGAGAUCUGGUUGCACGUCGACGCAGCCUAUGCCGGAUCUGCUUUCAUUUGCCCGGAAUAUCGCUAUCUGAUGAAAGGCGUUGAGAAAGCGGAUUCUUUCAACUUCAACCCUCAUAAGUGGAUGCUAGUUAACUUCGACUGCUCCGCUAUGUGGCUCAAACAACCUCGUUGGAUCGUCGAUGCCUUUAACGUUGAUCCUCUCUACUUGAAACACGAUCAACAGGGAUCUGCUCCAGACUACCGACAUUGGCAGAUACCUCUCGGUCGUCGUUUCCGCGCACUUAAACUUUGGUUUGUGUUGAGAUUGUACGGUAUCGAAAACCUUCAGAAACAUAUUCGUAAACAUAUAGCUUUGGCACAUCUUUUCGAAAAAUUUUGUCUCGAAGAUGAAAGAUUUGAAAUUUUCGAAGAAGUAACAAUGGGCCUUGUUUGUUUCCGUCUAAAAGGUAACAAUGAUAAAAACGAAGAAUUGUUGCGACGUAUUAACGGUCGUGGUAAGAUUCAUCUGGUGCCCUCUAAAGUUGAUGAUGUCUUUUUCCUAAGGCUAGCAAUUUGUUCACGUUACUCCGAGGAAAGUGAUAUUCAUGUUUCUUGGGAGGAAGUUAAGGCUGCUGCUGAUGAAGUACUCGCACAAAAUUAAUUUUUUUCAAACUCUAGUACAAUGAUGUCUACAAUAUUAAAUGAUUUUAGAGCUAAUAUUAAGGCCAAUGAAUAAUAAUUAGUAUUUUCUUGUUAGACACGUAUAAAAAUGUUUAUUAUAUUAAAUGUUUCGUGUGUAUUCAUGUAGAAUGUGGCUAAACGGAUAAUUUAUAGCUGCACGAAUUGUCUAUAUAAUAAUUUCAAUAUAAUAUAGCAAUAAAAAUGCUAAGAUAAAAUUGCGUAUAUAAUGUACUUAAAAAAACUUAGAAACAUUUGGGAAUUUAUAACUAUUGAUAAUUAUCUCAUGCUAUAUGUUCCAGUACGUUAAUAAGAUUUUUAAAUUUUGUCUUUUGUUACUGUUAAAAGGUCAUUUCCUGCUAUUGUGUUGUGUUUACUUGUCUUCUAGAGAAUUUUUAAGUUGUGGAUGUUUAGAUACCUUCUUCAUCCUCCCAAGAUGUAUAAUUAGGAUGGGUUUCAGUACCAGAAUAUUUUAUUUUAUUUAUUUUUUUAAUGAAACUUGGAAAUUAUAUAUAAAUAUAAUAAGUAUUUCGUCGAACACCUAGUUGUAAAUUUUGAAUACACUAUGUUAUUAUUUAAAAAGUUUUUAAAUUUUACUAUUGUUACUGACUUAAAAUUACAUUGUUGGCUCAAUGAAAUUUACAAAUGCUAUGAGGUUACAUGGCAGCCGUCGAGCGCGUGAUAGUUUAUGGCACGCCUUCUGGUGGUUGAAUAAAGUAAAAAUUAAACUGGAUUUUGAUAAAUGUUAAGCUUUAUUCCUAUAUAAAGAAGAAAUUCACAUAUUGCUUCUUCAUACAACGAUGUGUGUUUUAUUCAACACAUAAUAAUUGUUUUGUUAGAAUGCAAAACAUUAUAUUUUAUCCGACUUUUACAGAAUCUUGACUGGGUGGACCGAUUUCGACGAUUUUUUUUUAUCGAAAGGUCGUGCGUGUCAUGUGUGUGUUCUUUAUGAAAUUGUACAUUAUUUGAUCAAAUAAAGAAUUUAUUUAUUUA